UUUGAAGAAAGCAAAUAUAGCUUUGGUCCAGUAAUCUUGAGUUCAAUAGUCCGCGUAAAAGUUGGCGAAGUAAACAGAUUGAGCAGAACAUUUCUAGCAAUCAAAGGACACGCAAUGAGGACGGAUACACAACGCGGCAUGGAGCAACAAGAGCUAGUUGAUGUUGAUUGUUAUAGAAAGUUGGUGAAAAAUUUUGUUGAUUUGCGCCGUUAUCAAACGGCAUUAUUUUGGGCCGAAAAAGUAACUGUCCUCAGUAAUAAUGACCCUCUUGACGUGUACUGGGAAGCCCAGUGUAUGUUUUUGUUGCGCCAGUUUCAUCGAGCAGCUUAUACCAUUCGCAGCAGGGGGCUGGAGAAAACGAACCUACUCUGCCACUAUUUGGUAGCGGAAUGUUUGACCGAGGCAAAAGAGUUCCAGUCUGCACUGACUAUUCUUAACUCGGUCGACUGCGAAAAGCUACCACUAGCAAUGACCGGCGGGCGUGGCGAAGAAAAUGAAUCAAUCAAAAUCAAAGACGAAUCUGUGGCACAUGAAAGCAAUGAUGGUAGCAUUUGUGAAGAUUCGUAUAAAAAUGAUAUUCUUGCAUCAGUCUAUUUUCUGAAGGGAAAAGUACUUGAAGCCAUGGAUAAUCGUGUCCUUGCAAUGGAUUGUUAUGUGCAGGCACUGCACAAAUCCGUUCACUGCACAGAAGCGCUUGAUGCACUUGUGCAGCAUGAUAUGUUGAUGGCCUGGGAGGAGAAGGAGCUUAUACAACACAUUCCAAUGGCACAGCAAUGCACGGAAUCGGAGAAGAAAAUUAUGAAGCGACUAUACGAAAGUAAAUUGAAGAAAUACUACGAAUCGAUAGCGCCGAAUCCGAACCUGGAACAUCCGCCCGUGCCAUCCAUGAAUACCAGCUUGUGGCACGAGAUUAAAGAGAAAAUGAAAAACAGCAAAAAUAAUGAAACUCAAAAGCCUUCAGUCUCCAAGUACCUAUCUCCGGCGGUACGGCAAAGAUCAAAGCAUCCACAGAUCAUGUCACCGGCGAACAAAUUGCUCCAGGAUCUUAAAACCACACCUUCGUAUCUGAUACAUACUUCAUUGACCAAGGCUUCACUUCUUGGGACGAGUGUUUCGGCAGGGUCGACGAUACUUAGUUCUGGUGGGCCCAAUUGCUCCCGUCAGGAAACUUCGUUCCGGAUCCAUCGCCCACCGGUUACACCAGGCUCCUCGUCCGUUCUCACGUUGGCGCAAUCCAUGAGUAAGCUAGAGCUUAGUAUCGAUUUGAUGAUUGCUCGUGCGGAGAAAUACUUUUACAACUGCGACUACCGUCAGUGUAUGAAAAUUCUAGAAGAAAUAUUGAAACGAGAUCCGUACCACAAGCGUUCAUUAACGGUACAGAUCGGUUGCUUGGCAGAAAUGAAAAAUUUCAACCGAAUGUUUUACGUCGCUCACAAGUUGGUCGACUUCCAUCCGGAUGAUGCAAUUGCAUGGUACGCCGUGGGAUGCUACUAUGAUAUAAUCGGAAAGAGCGAUCCCGCAAGGCGCUACCUCUCCAAGGCAACUUCACUCGAUCGUCUGUACAGUCCGGCCUGGCUAGCCUACGGCCAUUCGUUCGCGAAGGAGAACGAACACGACCAAGCGAUGGCAGCUUACUUUAAGGCCACGCAGCUAAUGCGCGGAUGCCAUCUGCCGUUGCUGUAUAUCGGGGUAGAGUGUGGACUGACGAAGAAUCCGGAAAUGGCGGAGAAGUUUUUCUACCAGGCAAUGUCGAUCGCACCGCUCGAUGUGUUCGUACUGCAUGAACUAGGUGUGAUUAAGUUUGACUACGAGCAAUACGAGAGCGCAGAGGAGAUAUUUCGUAGCACGCUGGAUAUGGUACGCACCAUGGCGAAGCAGAACAACGAACAGAUUACCGCUCGAUGGGAACCUCUAAUCAACAAUCUGGGACACUGCUGUCGCAAGAAUAAAAAGUAUGAGGAAGCGCUAGAAUUUCACCAAUGGGCCCUCUCAUUGAAACCCCAGAAUGCCGUAACUUACACGGCUAUAGGGUUUGUUCACGCCUUGAUGGGAGAGUUAACAUUAGCCGUUGAUGCUUUCCACAAGAGCUUAUCCCUCAAGCGAGACGAUGUAUUCACAACUACUAUAUUAAAAUACGCCAUAGAGGACUUGGCAGAGGAGCAGUCACUUCCAUUCUACUCGGUGGAUGACGUUGAGGUUGAUGUUGACGCACCAAAUAUUGAUGAAGCAGAGGAACCGAAGGGUGACGAAAAUCUCGUCGAUGACCCUUCCACGGAACGGGAUAUGGGUAGUGCAAACAGUGCCAACGAUGAUGCUCAUGGAACAAGUCGGCCAACGUUACGUAUGCAGUUGAACUUUGACGACUGGUACAACAAAACUCCUCCAAUGAGCGACACUAGUGCUGAUGAUAUGAGUAUCGAUAUCUAGAUGGUAGUCGAUUGGUGAAAUUCCAUCUGUCGCUCAGCUCAAGGGAGACACAAAAUCUCUGUACUGUUAGUUUUGUGAUUUCAAUAAAGAUCCCAUGUUCACCAUCGAAACAAUCAAAAU